AGCUUUGCAUCAUGGCUGGGUAGCUGCAUGCUGAGUGAUGGGGGUUUUCAGGCAGCUCUUCCUCCUGCUCUGGAAGAACAUCACAUACCGCAGGAGGAAUAAGAUCCAGUUGGUCAUUGAGCUCCUCUGGCCGCUCUUCCUCUUUGUCAUCCUCAUCUCUGUCCGUCAUUCACACCCUCCCUACAAACAGAGCCAAUGCCACUUUCCAAACAAAGCCUUGCCAUCAGCAGGCACAUUGCCCUGGAUUCAGGGCAUAAUCUGCAACAUCAACAACCCCUGCUUCCACAGUCCAACCCCGGGAGAGACAGCGGGCCAAGUUGGCAACUUUGACAACUCCAUACUGUCACGUCUCUUUGUGGACGCCCAGACGCUUCUGUCCUACAGUGGAAACCGGAGCUUCUCAGGCUUUCAGGACUUGAUCGAGAGUGUUCAAAGGCUGGGAGAGAGACCUGGAGCUUGGCCAAAUCUCCCAGUAGAGGACUACCUGAGACCCAAUGAGACAUUUUCCUCCUUCCUUCUGACCAAUAGCAGUCUGUCGCCUGCAACUGUUGACCAGCUGCUGAAGGCCCGUCUUAAUUUUCAGGUUACUGUGGCUGGCGCUCAGUUGCAGCUGAAGGACCUGGUUUGUGAUGCAAGCAUGUUGAGACAGUUUCUGGCGGUGGACGGAGGAGAAGCCGCCAUGAACAACCUUCAGACUCAGCUGUGCAACCAGCCUGCUGACAUCCUGCAGGAGGCCGAACGGCGUUUCCUCACUCAGCUCGACUUUACCAAAUUUUUCACGAGAGAACGUCUGAUGGCAAACGCUGGAGACCUGAGAGUCAUCAGUCAGGCUGCCACCUCAGUUUCAGAGGAACUAGCUGUCCUAAUUGAUGAUUUUUCGUCUCUCUCCAGUUUUGUGGAGAUGAACGAGGCUCUUCGUCUUCUGACUCCGGAGAAUCGAUCAGCUCUGCCGAGAGAGAGUUUUCGUGCUUUUUCAAGAAUCAUGUGUGGCCACCCUGAGAUUGGCGGUGAGCGCAUCCCAUCACUCAACUGGUAUGAAGACAACGACAUCAAGUCCUUCUUAGGAAAAAACGGCACUGAAGACACAGACCUGGACAGUGAUAACAGCACCACUCCUUUCUGUAAAAGUUUGAUCCAGGGUCUUGAGUCCAACCCUCUGUCUCGCAUCGUAUGGAGAGGAAUAAAACCUCUGUUUAUUGGAAAACUGCUGUACACACCAGACACUCUGGCAGUGCAACAAGUUAUGAAAGAGGUGAACAAGACUUUUGAGGAUCUCCUCAUCCUUCGAGAUCUGAAUGAGGCCUGGCUGGAAGUGGGACCACGAGUCAAGAAUUACAUGGAGACCAGUGUGGAGAUUCAGCUGCUUAAAGAUUUGUUGCGGCGACCAGAGGUGGCCGUAUUCGUCAACUUGCGUUUGGAGAACACAUCCUGGACAGCCUCACAGAUUGCACGUUUCCUGUCAACACCCUCACCAGACGUCCCACGCAAACCCGGAGCUCCGCCUACCUGGCUGGAUGUUUACAAUGAUGUUAACCACACCAUCACAACACUGGCACAAGUCACAGAGUGUUUCUCUCUGAACAAGUUGGAGGGCUUGCAGACGGAGGGUGAGAUGGUUGGCAGGGCUUUGGAGCUUCUUGAGGACAGACAGUUUUGGGCUGGUGUGGUGUUUUUGCUGCCAAACUCCUCGUCUACAGAGUUCCCGCCACAUGUCACCUACAAGAUCCGAAUGGACAUUGAUGAUGUGGACCGGACCAACAAAAUCAAAGAUAGGUUCUGGGAUCCUGGUCCAGCAGCAGAUCCAUUUAAUGACAUGCGCUAUAUUUGGGGUGGGUUUGUGUAUGUUCAAGACCUGGUAGAGAGAGCUGUGAACCAAAUCCUGACAGGAGUCAAACAAACCACAGGCAUCUACAUCCAACAGAUGCCCUACCCAUGCUAUGUGGACGAUGUUUUCCUUCGGGUCCUGAACCGCUCUCUGCCUCUCUUCAUGACUCUGGCUUGGAUUUACUCGGUGGCCAUGAUCAUCAAAGGCGUGGUGUAUGAGAAGGAGGCCAGGUUGAAAGAAACCAUGAGGAUUAUGGGUCUGGGAACAGGGACACUGUGGCUCAGCUGGUUCAUCAGCAGCAUUGUUCCUUUUUUGGUGUCAGCAGGGCUUCUCAUCGCUCUGCUCAAGUGGGGAGACAUCCUUCCAUACAGCAAUCCGUCUGUUGUUUUUUUCUUCCUGACGGCAUUUGCCACUGCUACCAUCAUGCAGUGUUUCCUUAUCAGCACCUUUUUCUCCAAAGCCAACCUGGCUGCUGCUUGUGGAGGACUAAUAUACUUUAGCCUCUACCUGCCUUAUGUACUGUGUGUGGCUUGGAGAGACCACCUCAACACCUCACACAGGGUCCUUGCUAGUUUUCUCUCCCCUGUAGCCUUUGGCUUUGGCUGUGAGUAUUUCUCUCAGUAUGAGGAGCAGGGGGUGGGCAUUCAGUGGUACAACCUCCACUCCAGCCCCGUGGAAGGAGAUUCGUACAGCUUCACCACCUCCAUAGUCAUGCUCUAUGUGGAUGCCUUAAUCUAUGCAGUGGCAGCCUGGUAUAUCGAAGCAGUAUUUCCAGGUGAAUAUGGGAUCCCCAAGCCCUGGUAUUUUCUCUUCCAGAUUAAUUACUGGGGUGGAGUCCCUCUGGAGGCCGGCAUGCCAAUCCCCCCUGCACCUACAGGACAGGAUGAAGAUCACAUUGAAGCAGAGCCCACCAACAUGACCCAUGGUGUGAGCAUCCGAAACCUGGUGAAAAUCUACAAGAAGGGAGCAAAACUGGCUGUAAAUCACCUCAGUAUGAAGUUCUACGAGGGCCAAAUUACCUCUUUCCUUGGCCACAACGGAGCUGGGAAAACGACCACAUUAUCAGUCAUGACUGGCCUUUUCCCACCCACCUCGGGAACAGUGUUCAUAAAGGGCAUGGAUGUCCGCCAUGACAUGGACCUCAUCAGGAGGAUGCUGGGAGUUUGUCCACAACACAAUGUCCUGUUUGACAUACUGACAGUGGAGGAGCACAUGUGGUUCUAUGGCUGUAUGAAGGGUUUGUCAGAAGCAGAGGUGAAAGCUGAGCUGGACACUCUGCUGGAUGACGUCGGCCUACUGCACAAACGACAUGAACAAAGCAAAAAUCUCUCUGGUGGCAUGAAGAGGAAGCUGUCUGUGGCGAUAGCGUUUGUCGGAGGCUCUAAGGUGGUUAUUCUGGAUGAACCAACAGCUGGGGUGGAUCCUUACUCCCGUAGAGGAAUCUGGGAUCUGCUACUCAAAUACCGCAAAGACCGGACCAUCAUCCUGUCCACCCACUACAUGGAUGAGGCAGAGCUGCUAGGUGACCGGAUUGCCAUCAUCUCUCAGGGCAAGCUGUGCUGCUGUGGCUCUCCGCUCUUCCUGAAAUCUCGCCUUGGAUCAGGUUACUACCUCACUGUGGUGAAGAGGGAAGGACUGGACACCAGCACUCUAAGCAGCACCAGUAUCUGCACCAGCACCAGUGUCAGCACCAACAAGCUCCCUCCUCUCAAGGAUAGUGAGUCAUCCAUGAGUGAGGACACCGGGCUGGGAAGCGAGGAGAGCAGCUUAUACCUGGCGGCGUUGCUCUCCCUGGCACAGCACCACAUACCUGGAGUGAGGCUGGUGGAGGAGUCGGGGCGUGAGGCAGUGUUAAACUUGCCCCAGUCAGCGGCCAAGGACAGCAGCCUGGCUGUGUUUCUGUCCGAGUUGGAUCAGAGGCUGACGGAGCUUGGCAUCAGCAGCUACGGCCUGUCAGAUAGCACACUGGAGGAGAUCUUUUUGCGAGUGGCAGAGGAAACUGGUGUGGAUGCUGAACCAGAGCAGCAGGCUGAGUCUCCCAGCAGGCAGCAGCCAUCAGCUGGGCUGAGGGCAGAGAGACAAAAUGCUGAAGAACCAGAGACUGAACCUCAGGAGACAGACCUGCUGAGUGGAGAUGGCCGAGGUGGGGUCCCGCUGUCCGGCUGGCAGCUGACCUGGCAGCAGCUGAAGGCGCUCUUCAUCAAACGCUGGCUUUAUGCUCGAAGGAGUCGCAGGGGCUUCUUUGCUCAGAUUGUCCUGCCUGCUGUGUUUGUGCUGAUUGCACUGCUCUUCAGUCUCAUCGUCCCUCCAUUUGGAAAAUAUCCUGCUCUUCAGCUGCAGCCCUGGAUGUAUGGAGAGCAGUACACCUUCUUCAGUCAUGAUGCGCCGGGUAAUCCGGCCAUGGACAACCUGCUGGAAGCUUUGCUGGACAGACCAGGGUUUGGUACAAAAUGCAUGGAGAAAGAGGAAGAGGACAACAGCACGAGCCCUCAGUGUGAAGAGGAGCGGGCAGGUCCCUUUGUGAGGCCACAGGUCUCAUUCUCCACCUGGCAGAUGUUCAGCAGAGGUAACUGGAGCAAAGACAAACCAUCACCUGAGUGUCAGUGUAGCACAGAGGACGUCCGCAGGAUGCUCCCUGACUGUCCACUGGGUGCUGGUGGUCUGCCGCCUCCACAGAUCAAGAGGCUGACUGGAGACAUCCUCCAAAAUCUGACAAGUUACAACAUAAGUGAUUACCUGGUGAAAACCUACUCUCAGAUCCUCAAGAAAAGCCUAAAAACCAAGAAAUGGGUGAAUGAGUUCAGAUACGGAGGCUUCUCUCUCGGAGGCAGUGCCACGCAAACGAUAUCUCAGGACCACUUCCAAGAUUCAGUCAUGGCAAUCAGGACCCGGUACAGAGUUACGCAGAACAGUUCACUGGAUCAUCUGCUGGAGAGACUGCCAGGUUUUCUUGGAGGACUCAACAGUCAAGACAAUGUGAAGGUGUGGUACAACAACAAAGGAUGGCAUGCCAUGGUGUCAUUUGUCAACGUUCUCAACAAUGGCCUGCUAAGAGCGAGUCUGCCUCCAGGUCCAGAGAGGAGAAAACACGGCAUCACUGCCUACAACCAUCCACUGAACCUCACCAAGGAACAGCUCACUGAAGUGGCCAUGAUGACCACGUCGGUGGAUGUUCUGGUUUCCAUCUGUGUGAUCUUUGCCAUGUCCUUUGUGCCGGCCAGUUUUGUCCUGUUUUUAAUCGAGGAGCGAGUCAGCAAAGCCAAGCAUCUCCAGUUUGUCAGCGGAGUCAAACCUGUCCUCUACUGGCUGGCCAACUUCACCUGGGACAUGUUGAACUACACCGUCCCGGCCACCAUGGUGGUGAUGAUCUUCAUCGGGUUCCAGCAGCAGUCGUACGUCUCAGAGACCAAUCUUCCUGCUCUUGUCCUCCUCCUCCUGUUUUACGGAUGGUCCAUCACGCCUCUGAUGUACCCAGCCUCCUUUGUGUUCACCGUCCCCAGCACAGCCUACGUAGUUCUGACCUCCAUCAACCUCUUCAUUGGAAUCAACGGUAGCAUUGCCACCUUCGUUCUGGAGCUGUUUGUUGACGAGCACCUGAAUGAGGUGAACAGGAUCUUGAAGAAGGUGUUUCUCAUCUUUCCCCACUUCUGUUUGGGACGUGGACUCAUUGACAUGGCCAAAAACCAGGCCAUGGUGGACGCCUUCCAGAGACUGGGCACAAAGCAGACUCUGGACCCUCUUCAGUGGGACUUUGUUGGGAAAAACCUGUUUGCCAUGGCAGCUGAAGGAGUCAUCUUCUUCAUCUUUACUAUACUGCUGCAGUACAAGUUCUUCAUCAGUUUCAAGCCAUGGUGGGCAAAGCCUGAGCUGCCUCCUCUUGGUCCAGAGGAUGAGGAUGUUGCAAGGGAGAGAGAGCGGGUCAAAAGUGGCAAAGCCCGCUCAGACAUCCUUACAAUGGUUGACCUGAGCAAGGUUUACAAAGCAGGCAAGAAGCCGGCUGUAAAUCGCCUCUGCCUUGGGAUUCCUCGUGGAGAGUGUUUUGGUCUGUUGGGGGUGAAUGGAGCAGGGAAAACCUCAACCUUUCGUAUGCUGACUGGAGACACAACUGUCACCUUUGGAGAGGCUUUCCUAAGUAUCUACAGUGUGCUGUCAGAGAUGGAGCGAGUCCACCAGCUCAUGGGUUACUGUCCACAGUUUGAUGCCAUCAGCGACCUGCUAACAGGUCGGGAACAUCUGGAGCUGUUUGCCCGCUUGCGAGGGGUGCCAGAGGAGUCUGUGGCCAAGGUGGCUCAGUGGGGGGUGAAGAAGCUGGGACUGACUCAGUAUGCAGAGCGGGAGGCUGGAGGCUACAGUGGUGGAAACAAGAGAAAGCUCUCCACUGCUAUCUCACUCAUCGGGGCUCCACCUGUUAUAUUCCUGGAUGAGCCUACUACUGGCAUGGACCCUAAAGCCAAAAGGUUUCUGUGGAACUGUAUCCUCAGUGUCACUAAAGAGGGAAGAGCUGUGGUUCUCACCUCCCAUAGUAUGGAGGAGUGUGAGGCUCUUUGUACCAGAAUGGCUAUAAUGGUGAAUGGCAGAUUCCAGUGUCUCGGGUCCGUGCAGCACCUGAAGAACAGGUUUGGUGAUGGCUACACCAUCAUCCUGCGUCUCCUGGAUGGUAAACCAGACCCAGACUCGUGCCCCGUUGAUGCCUAUAUGAAGAAAGCUUUCCCCAGUGCUGAGCUGAAGGAGCGUCACCAGAACGUGCUGCAGUACCAGCUGCCUUCACAUGCCUGUUGCCUUGCACGAGUCUUUGAUGUGCUUGCCAACAACCAUGAUGAGCUGGGCAUCCUCGACUUCUCUGUUUCACAGACCACACUCGACCAGGUGUUUGUCAACUUUGCCAAGGAACAAACUGAUGAUGAUGGCCUCACAGAAGUCGUCAUCAGUAACAGCACAGUUCAGACCAACCGGACUACGCUCCCUUCGAGGAUUAACACCACUACUAUCCAACCACAACCACCAGUCACACCCCCUCAGCUGAGCAAGAAGCAACAAAAGCAAGGGAAGUCAUCUGAGAGCAAAUCCAAAGAGGGGAAAUCAAAGAAGUCAAAAACAACCAAGGCAAAAACUAAAGAAGGCACAGCUGACGGAGAAAAAAGCAGCAGUACGGCGAUGACCAAAAUGCCUCGAACGAGCCAGAGAGGCAGCAUUGACUCAAACAGCAGUAACGAUGAUGCUCUUGGAGAGUCAAGUAAAUCAAGUAGAUCCAAACACAGAAGAGAAAAGUCCAGUAAACAUCCAUCUGCACUUUUUAUUGUUGACAACAACACACAGGACAGUUCAAUGUAAAGUGAAAGAGUACAGAAAGAAGAAAUGGUGCAGCUUUAAAGGACCAACUACAGUAAACGGUUUUAAUACAGUGUACUUAACAUUCAUUUGGAUGUUUCUUAGUGUUGGCAGUGAUCUUAAUAUGCAACAUGAAUCAUUACAGAGGGUCACAAGUGGAAACGUGGCCUGAGGAGAGGAUAAUGUCAAACCUGAAUAACUAGAAGUAAAUUCAUCUGAAGAAAGAACCAGAAGUUGUUGCUUCCUAUGGCUUUGGUGCCUUGUUCACCUCACUAACAGUUCUGUAGCUUUGCACCCUUUAUUUGGGCCUAGAUAUCUUACGCUGUGUCUUUUCUUGUUGUCUUCUCAUCAGUCCAAAGUGGUGGAUUAUUCAUUGUCAAAGAAUAUGUUGCAAGGCUAAAUGUUACAAAAGAAAAAAAAAAUCAAGGUUUGGUGUUCCUCAGGGCUCAGUCCUUAGACCCAUGACAAUCUCAUGUUUCUUUUUGCAGAGAGCACUUUAAAAAGGACAAUGCUGCAAAUAUUUCAGUACCAGAAAUACAUUUUGUAUAUCAAAUAAUUUCUGAAGUUGUUAGAUAACACGACACAGAAUGUUACAUGGCGAGUAUUCUUACUGCAUGUUUGGUGUAAGUUACCUCUUAAAUAUGGCAAUUACCUUUACUGUUUCAACAUUUUCUUAUCAAGAAUUUACUAUCUUCUGUCUGAAAAACUUUAUUUUUUAUUUAUUAAAUGUUAUAUGUCAUUGGAUACCGUGUCAUUGUCCAAAUGCAGAUAAUUACACAGGAGUAGGGGGAGAUCUUAUGGUCUUUUUUUUUUUUUUUUUUAAUAUAUAUAUAUAUAUAUACAUAUAUAUGUUUUUAAUCACCUCACAGAGAAUUGUGAUACCCUGGCUUGCUGCACAAGUUUUGAAAUGUCUGGAAAAGCGUUUAAAUUAAUAUUAACAUAUUUUAAAAGAUUUAAUAAAUUGUUCAGACACACAAGUGAGACUCUGACCUGAAAGGUCUCUUUACAAAUCCUAACAGCCGGCACUUAUAAAAAAAGAUCAGUCAAGCGACUUGGUUGGUCAAUCUGAAUGCACGAAAUAUAACAACAUUGCCUUGUCAGCGGCUGUCUUUAAAAAUAUGAAGCUGUUGGGUUUUUUUCAUAUAUAUUUUUUAUUUUUAAAUUCUGUGUUUCUUAUUUUCUAUCAAAAGACAUGCGGCUGAUCGAAAGUCUAAAGCAAGAGGUCACUGUACUGUAGAGCAGGGUUACAUGUUCAAAGAUCGUUACAAUAGUAACUAUAGGUUUGAGACAACAGUAUCAACAGAGUUGAUUUUAAAGAGAGGUUGUGUAUAAAUGCUGGACUAAUGCAAAACCACUGAGCUGGAUUAUGAUAGUGUAUGUUUGAUUUGGAAUGAGUCUGUUCUAUUGAAUGUAUUUUAUUUAUGCUUGAAAAGUUAUACUUGAAAAUACAUGUAGCAGUGCAUCCACUGAAGGGUGUGCAUUAUAUCAAGAAAAUAUGCUAAGGAAUACAAAAGUAUACAAUCUGAAUGUCUGUCUGAAAGUUUUGUCCUGAAGCAAAAUAAAACUAGAAUGUUCUCGUUGUUUUUCUUUUUUUAUUCUGUGCUUUACGGCGAGUUUCUGAUGAAUCGUUAC